GGGCUGUGGAGGGGAGAGGACGUGCGCCGCCGCCUCCACCCUGCUCCUCUCUCUCUCUCUCGUAGCAGGAGGUGGACUUUGAAAUAAUAAAAAAAAGGAACUUGAAAAACAGUGACUGAAAAACAAGGAAAGAAAAAGAGAGAGGAAAAAUAAGAAAAAAGGAAAACAGGAGAGAAAAAAGUAAGGAGGAAGAAAGGAAUGGAUAGAGAAACCUUUGAAAAAACAGUGACAGUGAAUGAGUAACAGGAAAAUAAAAAAAAAUAAAACAAAAAAUGAAUUGAAAGAAAAGAAAAUGGAAUAAAACGAAAAAAAUAAGAAGAAAGAAGGUGAAAGUGUGCAAAGAAAGAAAGUAAAACAAUAAAAAAGGAAAAGAAGGAAAAGAGAAAGAAAAACAGUGACUAAUUUGUAAGAAAGAAGAAUAAAGAGAGAGAAAAAAACAACGAUAGAAAAAAAGAGAGAUAGAGAGAAAAAAAAAAAAUUAAACUAUCUUCCACAAUAAUGAUAAAAGAAAUACAGUGAGGAACAGUGAUGACAGUGACAGAUGGUGAUGCCAACAAGACCACACCAUAACUAAUCCCCAUAAGAAACCUGAGACACCACCACCACUACCACCACCACCACCACCACCACCACCACCACCACCACCACCACCACCACCACCACCACCACCAGACACAAUCACAAGCCCCCAUCACCAUCACUAUAGAGACUCACCAUCACCAUCAUCGUCACCAUCAGGAAGAAUGUGGCCUGAGGGGAGGGGAGGGGGAGGAAAUGAGGGUGAGGAAGAGGAAGAGAUAAAUUCCCCUCCCUCUCUUCCUCUCCUUCCUCUUCAGUGAGUGAGAGUACUAACCUCCUCCUCCUCCUCCUCCUCCUCCUCCUCCUCCUCCUCCUCCUCCUUAACCAUGAACCUCCAGCCACGGUUCCUCCUCCUCCUCCUCCACCCACGUCGUCUCUUCCUCCACCUCCACUUCUUCCUCUUCCUCCUCCUCCUCCUCCUCUUCCUCCUCCAGUCGCCACGUUACUCCUCCGCUCUUUGGCUUGAGGAGUGUGGCCGCGCCCUGGGCAUGGAGAGUGGGGAUAUUCCAGACGAGGCCAUCACGGCGUCUUCAUCCCACAAUCAUAUCGUGGGGCCGCACAACGCCAGGGUGCGGAAGGAGAAGGAGGGCGGGGCGUGGUGCCCGAAAGAUCAGGUGUCAGAAUCCGCGCGGGAGUCACUGACGGUGGACUUGGCGGCCGUGCACGUGGUGACAGCGGUGGGCACACAAGGGCGCUUCGGCAACGGGGACGGCAAGGAGUACACGGAAGAAUACAUGCUGGAAUACUGGCGCCCCGGCCUCGACUCCUUCAGGGUGUACACCAGCGGAUAUGGAAACAAUAGCUUCACAGGUAACGUCAACACUUACCUGGAGCAGAAGAACCAGCUGGCGCCGCCCCUCCUGGCCACUAAAGUAAGGUUCAUCCCCAUCUCUAGCCACCCGCGCACCGUCUGUCUCAGGGUGGAGCUGUAUGGAUGCAACGCGACAGGCGGCCUACUGAGCUAUGAGGGCGUGGAUGGAGCUGUGCGUGACCCGGGGUUCCAGCUGGGGGACGACUCUUACGACGGGGCGCGGGGGCCGGGGCUGCUGAGACACGGCUUGGGGCAGCUGUAUGACGGGGAGCUGGGGCGCCCUCUCAACCAGCUGCAGCUCCAGGCGUACGGCAGGGGCAAGGGGUGGGAGUGGGUGGGGUGGUCGCGGCGCCAGCUGGAGGGACAACCUCUCAUCCUCAUAUUCACCUUCGAGAGCAUGAGAAACUUCACGCUGCUGUCUCUUCACGCCUUCGCCAGCCAGGAGGACGACUUUGGGCUGCCGUCAAAGGUGGAGGUGUACUUCGGAGACAAUGCCACCAAUUACCACGAGCAGGUGCUAACAUCUCCUUCCACCUGGCCCGGCGCGCUGGCCCCCGGGAACCACAACCUAACCUUGGACCUCCACCACCGCACUGCCAGCGUCCUUAAGCUCCUCAUCCACUUCCCCGGGCCCUGGCUGGCGCUCAGUGAGGUGUACUUCAGCAGCGAGCCGUGCACGUGCAACCUGACGACGUGGCAGACGGUGAAGGCGUCGUCCCCGGCGGAACACACGGCGGGGCGGCGCGACGAGGCCCGGGACGUGUCAGCAGUGUCCGCCGUGUACGCCCACACCCGCGCGUACAUGGGCGUGGUGAUCGGCUUCGUGGUGGGCGUGUUCCUGCUGGUGGGCGCGGGACUGCUAAUCUACGUGAGGCGCUUGAGGAAGAAGAAGUCCUCUCCUCACGUACUGAAAGGCCCUCUGAGUGACUCCCCUUCAGUAGCCUAUGAUCUUAAGUCCCUCAGGAUGGCCACCUCCUACUCCGGCGUGAGUGGCCUGGGCGGCGCCACCCCCUACGGCGCCGUGCCCGUGCCUGACGAGGAGGGCUCCCUGUACCACGAGCCUUACAAGAAUUUCUCAGCCUCAGAGUACAGCGUGGCCACCAUCGGGCGUCACCUUAGCGACUUCAGCAAGGAGGGCCUGGCCGCCGCCUCCUCCCAGGCCGGCGGCGUGGGGGGCGUUGGGGGGAAUACGCCGUGCCUAUCCUCUCCACCCCUCCGCCGCCCUUCAAUACAGCUGCCACUACCCCCAUCACAGCCCCCGCGCCCUUCACGCAUCCCACCACGCCCAACUCUGCCGCCCCUGCGCUCUACAGGCGGGUUCUCCACUCUCAUGAGGCUGUGUCCCGCCCCCCCACCUCCCCCUGUGCCGCCUCCCCCUGAGAAGUACAGCUCCCCGCCCUCCGUGUGUAAGGGCGUGUCUGUGGUGGGGCCGUGCGGGGUGUCCCAGUAUCGCAUUGAGGGCAUGAGCACACUGAAGCCACGCAACCCGAAGGAGAUGCCUCGUCACUCCCUCACCUACACCGACAAGUUGGGGGAGGGGGAGUUUGGCACGGUACACAUCGGGGAGGUUCCGGCCGUGGCAGGGGAGGCAGGGGAGGGUGGCGUUGGGGGCAAGACGGGGGCCAGACAGGUGGUGCUUGCCUCGCUUAAACCUGACGCCAUCCCGGAGGUAAGGGAGGAGGGGUGGCGGCAGGCGCAGCUCCUUGCCACCCUAGCAGAGCCUCACCUUGCGGGGCUGGUGGGCGUGGUGAGCCGCGACGACCCGCUGGUGCUGGUGCUGGAGUACCUGCCGCUGGGGGACCUCAACCAGUACCUCAGAAGACACGUCCCAGACACCACGUCACCCAGGCUCAACCACAUGCGGCCCAUCAGCUACGGCUCCCUCAUAUACAUGGCCACGCAGGUCGUCGCCGGGAUGAAGUACCUGGAGGCCCACAACAUCACCCACCGCGACCUGGCCACGAGGAACGUGCUGGUGGGUCCGGGCCAGAUGGUGAAAAUCAGCUGUCUGGGUUCCUGUCGCUCCCCUGUACGCUGGCCCGUGCGAUGGAUGAGCUGGGAGUCUCUCUUCCUGGGUAACUUCAGCAGCCGGAGUGACGUGUGGUCGUUUGGCGUAACCCUGUGGGAGAUGCUCACCUUGGGGCGCCAGCAGCCUUACGAGAACUUGCCUGACGAAGGGGUGAUCGAGAACCUUGCCCACUAUUACCACGACAACGACAUGGAGGUGCAUCCCACGCAGCCCGCCUUGUGCCCUAAGGAGAUUUACGACCUCAUGCUGGAAUGCUGGAAGAGAAACGAAGCGGAUAGACCCAACUUCAGAGAUAUCCAUGUGUUUCUGCAGCGCAAGAACCAAGGAUACUGCCCAGAGGCGUGAAGGAUGCGGUGGGUGACUCUCUACGAUGAGGACAAUGAGAUCCUCCUGCAGCGCGUGGGUUAGUUCCUGAAGGAGUCCUGAAGGAUUCUUGAAGGAUUUCUUGUGUACUACCACUCGGAUCUUGAUGACCUAGGCUCCUUGUGGUUUUCUAAGUGGUUUAUUGGUGGUUUGUACUUGUUUGGGGUUUGUUUGGGUGUUUAGGUGUACGUGUGUGUGUAUGUUUGUCUUGGGUGUUUGUUUGUUUGUUGGUUUCGUUCUUUGUUUGUUGACCUGAUCUGACCUGUUUUUUGUGUUUAGGUUUGUGUGAGUCUGUGUGCUUGUGAGAGAGAGAGAGAGAGAGAGAGAGAGAGAGAGAGAGAGAGAGAGAGAGAGAGAGAGAGAGAGAGAGAGAGAAUUAUUCAAUACCAAAAUGAAAACAAAAGCAAUAUGAAAUACAACAAAUAAACAACAACUCAUAAAAAAAGGGAAGAAACAAAAUCCAGGAAAAGGAUCUGAAAAAAACACAAAAAUCACGACAAAUCAAACCAAGAAACGAAGAAUAGAAAAAAAAGAAAGAGAGAGAAAAAAAAAAACAGGAGAAAGGCUCAGAAAAAAAAAAAUAAAUAAUCAAACCAAGAAACGAAGAUGAGAAAAAAGAAAGACAAAGAAAGAAAAAAAAGAUGAGAAAAUGAAAGAGAGAGAGAAAAAAAAAAAAACAGGACGAGAAAGAGAAAAGAGAAAAAGACAACCCAGGUCAGAUUUCAGGGUUCAAACAUCGACUGUAUAGAACGAAGCAGUGAAUCCCGCGUUCCGAAGCUCCGAACUCACUGAUCCUCCACCACAACUUUGCAGAGUUUAAUAACCUCUCCAACGUCCCCUCCCCCUGCCCCUCUCCUGCCCUCAUCCCCCCUUCUCUCUAACAUGUCCCUCAGCCGGCUUUCUGGAGGUCACGAGAAGGGGAGAAAGAGAGGGAGAGAGAGAGAGAGGGAGAGAGAGAGGGAGAGGUUAACUUCUCAUUUGGGGACCAGGCAGGUAUCGAAAUGGACUGGAAGUUACAUUGUGGUUCGAAAUUUUUGAGUGUAAGACCUCUCGCUGUUUUUUUUUUUUUUUUUUGUGUGUGUGUUUGUGUGUUUGUGUGUGUGAAAAUGGGAGGGAAAAUAUUGUAGUUCUAGUUGUUUCAUUUAUUUCCCUCUUCUCUUUUCGUCUUUUGUGUCAGUGAAGUAAAGAAAAAAAAUGUUGUGUUUAUAAAAGAAGAAGAAGAAGAAGAAGAGGAAGAAGAAGAAGGAAAGUUUUAAUUAGAGUGUACAAUUUUGAUUAAUACAAAAGAUGAUGAUGAUGAUGAUGAUGAUGAUGAUGAUGAACAAUAACAGUGACAUGAAUGAAAUGAAUAAAAUGAUAAUGCUGAAGAGACAGACAGAUGCAUACACAGUGAAUUGUGAUGGAUGGUGACAGAACGAUAAAGUUGGUGGUGAAUCACUUGAUGGUGUUCAUGGUAGUGAAUAGUGAAGUGUAGAGCAAAAAAAAAAAAAAGAAAAAUACUGGUAACUGGCCUCUGUGGUAAUAGUGAUGAUGGUGAUAGUGAUAAUGACAAAGGAAUGAUGACGAUAGUGAAGGAUGGAACUAAACAAUGGUGACAAGUGAUGAUGAUGAUGAUGAUGAUGGUGAUGGUGAUGAUGAUUGUGAUGGGGAUGAUGAUGAAAGAGAAAAAUGACGUGUGAAGUGAAAGAGAAAUAGGGAAAAGAGAGAAAAGAAAGAGAAAAGAGAUAGAAAGAGAACUAUACAGUUAAAUCAUAUAACAAGAGUAAGAAAAAAGAAAGAAAAGAAAUUAAAGUAAAGGAGAAAAACAGAACGAAGAAAUAGAAAAGAAAGAAAGAAGGAAAGAAAGAAAAAAAGAAACAAAGAAAGAAAGAAAGAAAGAAAAAACGACUAGUCCAAAUCAACAACAACAACAACAACAAAAACAACAACGACACGUCAGGUCAGGUCAGGUCAGGUCAGGUCACAAGGUCACAAGUCACGUCAGAGGGUCACCUGCCAAAACUAUUCCUUAUGUCUUUAAUCUCCCCCAUAACAAAUGACCCCCCCCUUAAAAAUACCCCCCUUCUAUUCCUAGUGGGGGGGGGUAGAAAAAAAGGGGGUUAAGUCAAAAAAAUGGAACCAAAAAUCAAAACCAAAGAUCGAAAUGGAUAAAAAAAAAAUGUUUGUCACGUGUUUUUUUGUAUUUAUUUAUUUAUUUAUUUAUUUAUUUAUUUAUUAGGUUUAAUGACAAAUGUUCAACAAUGAUAAAUGUGCCAAAAAAAAAAACAAGUUCAAUGGACGUGUCAGAAGUGCCAUUGACUGAAUGAAUAUCAAAAUGUAUCAAAAAAAUGUGCCAAAAAUGUUCUCGCUCGUAAGUAUUGAAUGUGUGUUUAUUUUUGGAAUGUUGAAUGUACUUAUAUGUAAUGGUGGUGUUACUAUUAUUAUUAUUAUUAUUAUUAUUAUUAUUAUCAUCAUUACUAUUAUUAUUUAGGAGCUUUUCUUUUUUUUCUUUCCUUAUCUUUUUCCUUGUUUAUUUGUUUAUUUAUUUUUUUCUCUCUCUGUCCGAGGGCUUGAAGUAGUUAGCGACGUCCUGAACCUUUAAUUUGUACUCCAGUUAAUGCAUAUGUUCGUUUACCCUUCACUUGUGUCUUCCUUCAUCCCUUCAUUUUUAUAAGUGUGUAGUAAAAUAUUUUGCUGUACAACUGAAGAUCGAAAUGUAAUCAAAGAGGAAACUGUAAUCAUAUUUAUGGUGCUUGUUAAAUUUAUCUACUGUAUAUGUGCCAAAAAAUGUCGUAAUAAUAAUAAUAGUAAUAAUAAUAGUAAUAAUAAUAAUAAUAACAAUAAUAAUAAUAAUAAUAAUAAAGCUGGAAAAUAUAAUGAAUGAAUACUUUUUAGGGUAAGGACACUGCGGACGAAACAAAAAGGAAAAGAAAACGAUGAAUUGUGGCAUUAUUUCAUGUAGCAUAUCGCGUGAAGCCUAUUUACGGUGUCUCGUAAAGCUUCGUUCGCUCACAGCUCAAGGGGUUCGUGUUUCAGACAUUUUUCAUGAAGUCUUCUUUGUAGAUUUAUCGGUGUGUGUGCGUGCGUGCGUGCGUGCUUGUGUGUGUGUGUGUGUGUGUGUGUGUGUGUGUGUGUGUGUGUGUGUAAAGAUAACUAUGUAUACAUGUCUCAUUUUAUCUCUCUUUCUUUUUUUUUCCUUAUCUUUCUUUUUCUUCUCACUUUCUCUUUAUUUUUCUCCUUUUUUUUUUCUUUCUCUAUUUUUCGUGUGUCAAGUUCCGGUCUGUAAGUGUUCGCGUCUACUUUUCUUGGUGCCUCAGGAGAGUGUAGGGUGUAAGUGUGUUGUUAAGUAGGUAAGCGUGCCUCCUGGUGAUGUGUACGUGUUCGAGACCCGUUCAGUAAUGGUGAUGAUAACAAUAACAAGAAGAAAAAUAAUGAUAAUGAUAAUAAUAACAGGAUUUGAGGUCAUUUUAAACAUCUUUUUUGUUUAUUUAUUUAUUUUUUUUCCCCCGUUACAGUGAAUGAUCAAUACCUCUGCCUCGUUUUCUACGCCCGCUGACGAUUCAUUCCCGUUUUCUGUGGAAGGCUAAUGUUGUAUCCGCGUUUUAUUCGUGUUUUACAUCGCUGAUUGGCGCUUAAUCCCCCGUUUUCUGUUGCCGGUCGAUGAGUCAUCUCUGGCUUUUCCAAUACUAAAUACUUUCCUCUAUAUUUUACCUGUUUUCCUUUCUGCUUUUGUUAGGUUAAAACACUCGAUGCUUAUUCUCAUCAAUAUAUUUUUUUUUCCUUUGCGAACUUUUUUAUGACUGACGCGGAAGAAAAUGACAGAAAGUAUGAAAGAAAAAGUGCAUUUCAUUAUAUUCGAUCUUUUUGCUUCGGUGGUUCAAAUCGAGCUUCAUUGUGAGGACUCGAGGCUCCGAACAACAAUACCCAAUAUGGCGGUGUUAUCAUCACUUUCUGAAGCAAUGAAGGCAAAGGAGAGGGUUUCAAUUUGUAAAUAUUCGUACGCAGAAGCCAUUGAGGUGUUUCAAGAUGGCGGCUGGGAGUUACAAUAUGGCGCUUAGGGGUCCACGAUGGCGUUCGGGUGUUUCAAGAUGGCGCCUGAGGGUUCCGGAUAGUGCUGGGUGUUUCAAUAUGGCGCUGUUUUCUUUUUUUAUCGUAAAGGUAUACUUUCUUUCUAUCUUUCAUUCUUUACUUGCUUCUUUUUUUCUGUCUUUUCCUGUUUUAUAUAUGUAAGAAUUAUUAAUAGCAAGCAUAGGCAAGCAAAUAUCGCCUUCUGUGUAGUAAAGAAUAGUUAUGAUAAUGAUAAUAAUAAUAAUAAUAAUAAUAAUAAUAAUAAUAAUAAUAAUAAUAAUAGCUCAUUGCUUAUAUAAUAUACAUAAAUAUAGUGUUUAGUCGUUCAAUUGUUAUGUAAUUAUCUACGUUUGUUAUAAUUUGUAUCUCAUUUCCCGCAGCUAGUCAGUCAGUGAGUCAGUCAGUCAGUCAGUUAGUGAGUCAGUCAUAUCGUUCCUUUAGGCUAAUUGCAAGAUGUUCCUUUAGUUUAUACGCAUGUGAUUCAUUUAGGUUCGCUUUCAUUUUUUCAUUUUUUUUUUUUCUUUAGGAUUUGGGACAUUUUUUCAGGAGCCCCACAAAAGUUCCUGAAGAAAUUCUGUACCGCUGUUUUUCAUCCACUGAGGACAAAGAUAUAUUUUCUUAUCUCACUGCCCUCAACUUCGUCACGUCGGUGCUAUGAAUGAAUAAUUUCCUCUUUUAUCUGCAUUGUUCAUUCAUUUAUCCACUCUUCAUUAGCCACUUAGUGAAAUAAAGGCUUGUAGUAUUUUCUUCGGUAACUUUAGAAUAUUGUAGUGCUUAAACUUAGCGUAAAAACGACAAAACAAGAUGGCGCUGUUCUCACUCGCUAGAGGCAUAGGUGCAUAUAUAGGUAUGUUUAUUGAUAGAUUUGCUACGUGUCGCUUCUUUGUCUUCAGGUGUUUCAAGAUGGCGGCGUCGGAGCGUCUUUUUUAAACCAGCGCCAUUCCCAUCAGUUCGUAAAUGUUGCAGGUUCAAGGUUCAAGUUUCAGUUCAUGUAUAUUUUUUGUAGUGUUUCUUCUAUCUUGCUCAUGUAGUUGAAGGUUUUAGUGCGGAAUGCUACUAGGAGUUUUAUCCUAUUGUAUUUUUCAACAAAGCAGAUGACUCCUUGACCUACAUACAUACAUACACAUACAAUUUCAGACUCUAAGUUUGCUGGAAUGCCUUUUGAAUUGAUAACAACGCUGGCAAUGUUUCAACGGCGCGGUGUCACUUGAAUUUGUCUCAUUGCAGCUCUGGAGACACGCAGCAGGCGAUUUCGUAACCUGCACAUCUUCAGCCUUUGGAAGUUUGCACGAUUACCCUUUGGACUUAAAACGACACCGGUGAUGUUUCAAAGGCGAGACAUUAUUCCAUUUGACAUCCGGGUACUAUUUUCCCCAAUACUCCGUGAGACCCUUUGAACUACGAGUAAUAGCAACGCCGGUGAGGUACUAAUGGCGUUUUUUUAUUCCUUCAUUUACUUUUCCUUUAGUGUUCCUGUAGGGCGCGAGUCUCAGUAGAGCAACUAGGCCUGAUUGAUAGUUAGCUUCAGGCGGGGAUUAGUUUUUAUUCCUGUAGUGUACAUGCGAUGCACUCUCUAGUCUCCCCUUGUUGGACGCCGCGUUCAGUAGCCUUGUGGUCGCCUUGGGGCAAAUGAUAGGCGUAGCAUAUUACACACGCUUCUUUCCUCAGUGACCGCGGUUUAUUCUUUACCAUAGGCCUCUUGUGGGGAUUAGGUCUAGACACUGCUUCUAAAGUCGUAGGUUCCACUCGCAUUGCGCCCCUGGAGUUGUAUCAUAGCCGGGUAAAGGUAGGCCGUCUUACCUGGGCGGGUCUACGAUGGACUUGCAUUUACCUGUAAUUUUUAAGCUCAGUGGAUGCGAGCUUAUGCGGUGUCACUGUGCGCGUGUCUGAGAGCGCUCCGCUAUUUUUACGGCUCAGAGCGAGGUGACUGAGUGCUGGUGGAAUUCAUUCGCUCACCUUCUUACACUAUUGCUAUACUAUGUAACUAUACUCACUAUAUUUUUUUCGUCUCAUAUCAAAACCUGACAAAAAAUCUUAUAAAUAUAUAUAUUAUGAUAUAACUUAAUGAUAAUGUUAAUAAGAUACUGUUUGCAUCUUUCGUACUCCAGAAUGUGAUACAAGUGAAGUGCGAGUGUCUACGUGUACAUAACCAGUGUAGUGUUUAGUGUGGGUGUGGUGCUGCCUCUGUCGCUGUGCCAAGGAGAUACGGUUUACCUGAAAAGCGAGAGGUUAUCUGUGGAGGAGCAAAAGUUUACCUGUGGAUGAUCAAGUUUACCUGUGGAGGGAGAGUAUUAAGUUUACCUGAGAAGCGAGCGGGAGUUUACCUGUGGAGCAACAAACACCUGGGCGAGAGAGCUGCGCGCCGCCAGGUAGGAAGGAGCGGGUGUCGCGACUAACAAACGAGUGUUGAGUGUUUCUUUUGAUCUGAUCGUUAAUUACUUAAGUGGAUGGUUUGUGUCGCUGUGUUGGUCCAAGUAUUAUCAAUAGGUGGCUGUUUUUUAUGUCCUCGGUGGCUUUUAUGGCUUUUUCGAUAAAUACUAAGUAAAUAGCUUAAUAAUAAGUGGCUUCGUUAUUAUUACGAAAUAUCAUCAUCACCUUUUUCUGUGUACGAUUUUUCUCGCGAUAAUGAUAAUAAUAAUGAUAAUGAUAAUAGUAAUGAUUAAAAGUAACUGGUUUACGUGGAACAGGUGUGUUUUUUGUGUCUCCCGGCCGGUAAUUAAUCGGUUCUGCAGGUGGAGAAAAUAAUAGUGUUUAAUAUUCCGACAACAACUUCGGUUCGUGUUACUCGUGUUUUCUGUAAAGUUCAAUUGUCUCGCUGUUGGUUGGUUCGUUGGUUCGCUGGUUCGCGCUCAAACGAAAACGGCAAAUGAACCUGCUUCGUUUUUUAUCUCGUUGUGAAGCGUCAGUCGGUAUUUGAGUGUCUGUGUGUGUGUGUGUGUGUGUGUGUGUGUGUGUGUACUGUUUGCAGGGAUUUAAAUGAUAAAGUAAGUCUAGUUUAUCUUAUUCUUUAACUACUUAUUUGUACUUUUUUCUACAUAGCUGGUCUUGUAAUGAGUAACUAAUUAAUCUGCAUCCUCCUUUUUUUCUUUAUCCCUUUCUCUCUUUCUUCCCUUCUUUACUGCAGGAAAGCAUAAUUCAAGGUUUGUUUUUAGGAUUUUCAUAUUUUCAUAUAUAUUAAUUUUAGUUUAUUUUUAUACACUAAUUAUAAGUUUAAAAGGAAUGCAGAUGGAUGAGAGAGAGAGAGAGAGAGAGAGAGAGAGAGAGAGAGAGAGAGAGAGAGAGAGAGAGAGAGAGAGAGAGAGAGAGGAGAACAAGACAAUCACUGUAACAUAUCAAAAAAAUAUUAAAAGGCACCCACCCACCCACCCACAUACCCUCCCCUCCCUCCCUCCCUCCCUCCCUCCCUCCCUCCCUUCACCUUCCCUUCACCUGCCCCUCACCUGGACUCUACGUGUACCUAACAUUUCUUCCACAUAUCUGAUCUGCCUUCGCCUCGAUAAAAUUAAAAGGACGUGAAUGAAGGAGAGGAAGAAAACGUUAAUUAAUUUAGAACUAAGAUAGGGUGUUUUUCGUCGAGGCCGGGUAAUCGAAUGCUAAGUCCAGGCAUUGGAUAGGCCAGUCUGUGCAAAAGUCCGGAUAUUCGAGGUGUUAAGCUCUUUAUUACAGUUUAAGCCGGUUUAAGGCUGAUCUACGCUUGGAAAAAUGUAUCCGUUUAUAUUUUUUUAUUUAUGUUCCUGUUCUUCCUUCCGUGCGAGUUCUUAUUAGGCUUCUUUUUCUUUCACUUUUAGCUUUGGUCUGUUUGUGGUGACCUGAUUGCUUUCUUUUUGUUUCAUCCGUCUUCUCCAUUUUUUUUCUUUUCUUUUUUUUUCGUGUUGUUUUUUUUUCAUAUUUUCUGUUUAUAUUUGUUCCGUUUCAGUUCCUCCUUGCGUGGGAUUUUAUUAAGCAUGUCUUCUGUUCUGUCAUGGGUUCAGUCCAAGUGUGGUCAUCUGCUUGUUUUUCUUCUCGUUAUUUCAUCUGUUUUCUCCAUUUCUUCUUCUUCCUUAUUGUGUUUUUAUUUUUUUCUUGUUUUUCUUCUUUCUUAUUCAAUUUUUUCAUAUUUUUCUUCUUUCUUCUUCCUUACUGCGUUUUUCAUGCUUUCUUCCUUACUGUGUUAUAAUUUUUCUCCUUUUAUUUUUUCUUCUUCAUUAUUGUGUCUGUUUUUUUUUCUUUUUUUUUCAUCUUUUCUUAUCCCGUCUAAAUUUUCGCAAUGUCCUAAACAGAGUCACCACAUUUCCACGAAGCUGAUGGCCCUCUGCUCCUAAACCUUUGAGAGCCUCUGUCCCCACUAGUUUUCAUAGGCCCGGGGAGAGGUUAUUGUUUACAAGGGUGUUUCUGUGAUUCCUGCGAUAGUUCAACAGGGAUUCUCUAUCAUUGGCUGGAAGGAAAAAGAAAGAAAGAAAGAAAAAAAAACACCCUUGAAAUCCCAGCUGGUUAUCUCUGUGGCCUUUGAAAACAGUCGUGGUGAGGGAAGUGUUGGAGCAUAAAGCGUUCUGUGUUCUUGUUACUUGUGUUGUGUGUUCAGGAAUGUUCGAGAUUAUUGGAACCGUUUAAGUUGGUCCAUGCUGGUAUUUUUGUUGAUUUUCUCUCUUCUCUUUCUCGUUUUUCUUUUCUUUUUUUUAUUUGUUUGUUUUGUUUGUGUAGUUUUCCCUUUCUCUUUAUUUAUUUAUUUUUUGUUGUUCGUGUAGCUUCCCUUUCUCUCUUUUUUUUUUUUUUUUUUUUUUUUUUUUUUUAUUCAGCGCGGUAGCAUUUCACGUCAAAAAAAUUACUAGUGACAAAAUAAGGGAAAAGAAUUCGGCUUCAAAAGGGAAAUCAGCCCCGCGUGCUAAUGUGUUCGCUAAAAGCAUAACUCUUUUUUUUCCUUCUUUCUUUUUUUUUUUCUCACUAAUUUCCCCCGCAAGUGUUGUGUCGCUGUAGUUAUUCGUGAAUGCACAAGUAUCGAAAAAAGAAGAAAAAAAAAAAAGAAAAAAAAAAGAAAACUUGUAUAUUUGACUGUGUUCUCAAACGUUUCCUCACUCUCAUCUGGACAAGUUUGAAGAGGCACAAGUGUGGGUGCUGUGAUCCUCAGGGGCGUCGUUAGGCUUCCAGUGGUGGUUCAGUGAGGACUCUGUGUUGUAAUAGGCUAGACCAAAAGUCAUCGGCACCUCCAGGAUUGUUUUCAUGUUUCUAUUGAUAAUCUAACAAUGACACCACACUCAGAAUGCCGAAGUGGAAGUCAUUAAGGUUUUCCAGACAUAAUUUAACAAGACUCGCACAUUUUUAACAGCCUCUGCUGGAAGUUAUUGGAUUUUCAAGGAUGCUGUCAAAAAAAAAAAAAUGUAUUCUAAUGAUAAUAUAAAUAAGGAUUCAUGAAUUUCACUGAAUAUAUUGGAAGCUAGAGAUGUUUUCAUGAUCCCGGUGCAAAUUAACAAGAAAUUUGCAUAAAAACAACAACACCUUUGAGAACGCGAGUAAUUACCAGUAUGGCCUUGAGAACAGUCUGCACCUUCACUGUUAAUGACGCAAUGUUUGCUUCACCUGAGUAGCCUUGGCCGACUUACCAAGUCAAGAGGAAGCAACAGGCGCCAGAAGACCUGCACUCCGCCACUGUUCACCUGUGUUGCUGUCAUUGUGUCUUUUGAAAUCAUACUCAGAACUUGCAAAACAUUUCACUUUUUAAAAUUUUGAAAUGUCUCCUUUAGGGUCCGGUACGGUUAGAUGGCUUUCUUUAUUUCUCUUUUUCUUGUUUUCAACUUUCCUAUGACUUGAACUCUUUCAGGAGGGCGGUUUGAAAACACUUAUCCUCGAAUUUUAAUAAUUCAUUUAGCUCUUUCUUGAGGGACCGGCAUUUUAGCAAGCCUCUUUUUUCUUCCUUUUUAUCACCCUUGGCCUGAUCCCUCUUGCAUGAAAAGUUUUCGUCGCCCUUGGCCAGAGCUCUUACAUAAGAAAAGAAAGAUUUUUCCUGAGGAGAAAUCGUAACACUUGGCAGUAUAAUUUUGAAAUGUCUCCUCUAGGUUCCGGCAUGUUUAGUGGGGCUUCUUUUCUAUUUUACUUUCCUUCACCAGUUUUCAUUGCCCUUGGCCAGACAGAGCUCUUCUUACAUAAAAAGAAAAAUGAAGACUUUACUUGAGGAAAUUCAUGGCAUGUUUAGUGGGCUUUCUUUCCUUUUCCUUUUUUCUCUAUUUUUUCUUAUCCUUGGCCAGACAGAGCUCUUCUUACAAAUAAAAAAGAAGACUUUACUUGAGGAUAAAUCGUGGCACUGGAAAGGGUAUUAUUUUGAAAUAUCUCUUCUUUCUCUCUUUUUUUACUUUUUUUUUUCCCCCACCAGAACUCUUACACACACACACACACACACACACACACACACACACACACACACACACACACACACAAAAGAAAGAAGAGAAAAGAAUGCGAAGACUUUCAGGAUAAAUAGUGGCACUUGAAAGGAUAAUUUUGAAAUGUCUCUCCUUUCUUUCCUUUUUCCUUUUUUUUUUUUCUACCAGUUCUUACCCUUGGCCAGACAGGGCUCUUGCACAUGCACACACACACACACAUAAAAAAAAAUAAAGAACACGAAGACUUUCAGGAUAGAUUGUAGCACUUGAAAGGGCAUAAUUUUAAAAAGUGAACUAUUUCUUUUCUUUUCCCUUUUUCUCCCACCAGUUCUUACCUUGGCCAAAGUUCUUACACACACACACAAGAAAAAAAAAAAAAAAGCCUUUACUUGAGGAUAAAAUUAAUCACCUCACAUGAAGAGAAGGCGAUGAGGUAAUGAGAGAAGGCAACGUCUGAGAACACGAGCCACUUCUCCUUGACCAGUUCUUCCAAGCCAGCCUAGCCGAGGGGGGCGCCGCGAAGUGCCCUCCAGGCCCUCGUCUGUCACGGAGCCAGACCCGACGGUUAUCUGUCUUAUCAAGCGAAAUAUAUCUCUAUCUUUCAUCCGCCUUGCCUCAUUCAUCUCCCACAUCCAUUCAUCGCCUCCUCGGCUUCUCCUCAUCCAUCGGUCACUACUGCAGCGUCUUUCAUCCAAACGUUUUUCUCAAAUGUAACACGAUUUCUUGACGCAUUUCGUUCUUCCUUCUGCCUUUCAUUCUUUCUUUCUGUAUUUUUCUUUUCUUUUUUUUCUCAAGAGAUUAUGUGAUUUAUCUUCGACGCUUUCUCUCUCUCUCUCUCUCUCUCUCUCUCUCUCUCUCUCUCUCUCUCUCUCUCUCUCUCUCUCUCUCUCUGCCUUUAAUAUUCUUUCAUUCUUGUUCUUGUUCCUGUUCUUCUUGUUCUUCUUUACUUUUCGAUGCUUAUCACAACAUUCUGUACCUUAUGCCUUCUUUCCUCGCAUGGCCUUGAAAUAUUUCGAAAAACCGAGGAGGAGAAUGUGUUUUGAAUGAUCGCUUUUAUUAAUUUUUCUAUCUUUUUCUUUCUUUUCUAUCAAUAAUCAAAUAGUCUUUAAUCAAAAUCUUAUCUCCCUUCUAUAUUUCUCUCCCAUGUAAACCAACGUAACUUUUUUUCCCUCUUUCAUAGUACAAGUUUCCUCCAUUUUCUUUUUUAUUUAUCUAUUUUUUUUUUUUUAUGCUACUGUUGUCAUAUUCACGGCCAUCCAUCAUUAAGUUGUCUCCUCAAUACAGCAACAAAAACUACAACAACAACUACCACAGUCAACAAAUCUAUAAAACAACGAAGUGUACGUAGUGGGUUUGGGCGUUCAAUGUUAUGUACGUACGAGUGAAUGAGUGUUUUUUGAACCCUGGUACGCCUACUUACCUGUCUACCUGUUUACCUGUUCACCUAUUUACCUGUUUACUGUACCUGUCACUCCCCGCGUCCCCGCCACACCACACCACACCACACGUUUCCUUCCUCACCAUACUUGUUAUUCAUUGUCCCUUACAACACAACACACCACACCACACUUCACCAUCACACCUUAUACACCUCUUACUUCCCAUCACACUAAACACACCAUACCUGUUAGUCUUCGCCCCCCACCACAUCACACCACACCACAUCACACCACACAACACCCCACCCCACCUUCCCUCAAUCUCAGCUCAGUAGUCCAGGUUUUUUGCUUUUUUCCGCACCGAUAAGAUAGCCACACUUCUUCUUUCCUUCGUGGGACUUGCGAGGUUUCCCUUUCUUCCGCACGAGGUGUAAGUGUUUCCUGUUUGCCCCGCGAAUUCAAUAGGCGGUUUCAGUCCCAUUCAGUAUCGUUAACAGAGACAGUUCACUCGACUUUGAUCCCCCGGUGUGUUGUCCGCCCCCUUCACCCCCUGUUCGAAUCCCCCUCAACUUAAUUGAUGGCUCCCAGAUGUGUUAGGUCCCCCAGACUCAUGCUCACACCUGUUACUCACCUGUGGAGGCUCAUUCCACGUGUGUGUUACCUCUAAGUGAUCCUGGCUGUCCCGCCGCGGCCAGGUGUGUGUGACGGGGCGGACAGGUGUGGAGGCGUGUCGCGGCGUUGAUUAAUUACACCUGUCUGGAAGGGUUUACAUGUGUGGGGCCUAAUGACCUCUGCUACCUGCCGAGUCAUACAGGUGUGUUUCUCACGUGGUCUUUUUGUAGGUGUAAGUUGUCUUUCCUAUCACCUGGCGGCUUGCACAGGUGAGAUCUCAUUAGGCACCCCGCACAGGUAUCAAGGUCAGAUCAAGGUCAGCCCACCUGCUGGCUUACAGGUCCUCGAGUCAACAGUAAGGUCAGGCAAGGUCGUGAAUACCUGGCCAGGUGCGCCUCCACUCCACCUGUCCCCCGUGUCCGCCAGGCAGGUGGGGCACAGCAGCUCAGAAUCUCGUUAAGGGGAAUAAUAAUACUAAUGAUAAAUAAUGCUAAUGAUUAAUGAUGUUCUGUAUGGACUGUUUGUUUCUGUCACGGAUCUUUCUGUUGGUUUGUUCUUCCGUCACGGUGUUGUGCUGGUCAGGGCAGUGUGUGUUUGUUUGGUUGUUUGGUUGUUUGUUUAUCAAUGUAGCGAGAGUUGAGGCGCCCCGCACACCAUACCGCGCACCAUAACACGUGUGUCAUACCUUACUGGCAGCAUUACACGCCACGCCACACCAUACCAAGUACCACCUCACCACAUCACGCCACACCUGCACACCACACCACGCCACACUACACCAUACCAAGUACCACCUCACCACAUCACGCCACACCUGCACACCACACCACACCACACCACACCACACUGCACCAUAUGGCACCAUACCACACCAUACCACACCGUACCAAGCACUACACCUAACUUUACAACACUAUACCACAUUGUACCUGCACAUCACACCGUAUUUCACGCCAUACUGCACCAUACCACACCAUACCUCACCAUACCACACUAUACUUGCACACGUCACCAUACACCACCAUACUUGCACCAUACCACACCAUACCUCACCAUACCACACUAUACCCGCACACCACAACUAUACCACACCAUACCACACCAUACCUCACCAUACCAUUCACUAUACCACACCAUACCACUCACAACACCACAUUUCAAUCUUCCUACACACGUGGCACUGUAUCCCCACGGCACCAUACCCACCAUACACAGAACACCAUACCAAACCAUAGAACACCGUACACACACACCCACACCCAACUCACAUUUACACCAUACUUGACUGGAUAACAUAGCACCAUACUAACACUUCCAGACACCAUAUUCACAACACCAAGGUCAUCAUAUUUAUCCUCGGGGCACUAUAGUGUUAUCCCAAGGCACCAUACACCUCCCCCACACUACAGCCUCUACCAUAGGACACCAUAUCCAUGUCACCAUACACACCUGUUUCACACACACACCCCUCCCUUCACUAUACUGAUAUUUUGCACUUGUUUGCAUUAUCACUACUACUGUCACUGUUUUUCUCACCAUUCCGAUAGCCAGUCACCAUGCACCACUCCUGUCACUAUCUCCACGCCUCAUUCACCAUAACAAUUACUGUCACUGUCCUUUCCACCUGCUUCACUAUCAAUGUCACGUUCACUAUCACCCUUCCUACACUACCACCACCACCACCACCACCACCACUUCUUCUACUACCAAAAUGUGAUCCUUAAUAAAAAAAAACUAAUAAUUAAUAGGAAUAAUAAGAUUAAUAAUCCCAAUAAUAAUAAUAACGAUAAUAAUAAUAAUAAUAAUAAUAAUAAUAAUAAUAAUAAUAAUAAUAAUAAUAAUGAUAAUGACGGAAUUAAGGUAUAUUCUAUCUCACAAACUAUAAUUUUCGUUUACCUGUCACAUACAUAAUCAUGCAUAACUUUCUUGUCUCCCUCUCCUUGCCAAUGGUCGGGGGAGGGAGAGGGUUCCUUCACCAAGCUAACCAUAAGUCGCAGAUCCGCAUUCCUAAACGUUGCGUCGACUCACCUCAACCACUUAUAACAGGCUGUCGUGGAAGGCCCUGCAGCUUUUAAGGACCUUUUCAUGACCAGCGAUAGUUUAACAGGCUACAUUGGAAGUCUGUUUUCAAAGGCGUUUUCAUGAUUUCAGUGAAUGUUUAGCAGGCUCCAAUGAAAGUUACUGGAUUUUUCAUUCUUUUUUUUUUUCAUGAUUGCAGUGAUGGUUUAACUGUCUGUAGUGGAAGUCAUUGGAGUUUUUAAAGAUAUUUUCAUGAUUCUAGCGGUAGUUUAACGGGUUCUAGUUUUUUUUCAAGGGCGCUUUCAUGAUUCCAGUGAUAGCUUAGUGGGCUCUAGUGGAACCCGCUGGAGUUUUUAAUAAUUUGUUCGUAAUUCUAGUGUUAAGUGACAGCUGAGAAGGCUGUAAUGGAAUUCAAUGGCGUUUUCAAGGAUGAUUUUAUGAUUUUAGUGAUGGAUAAUUUAACAAGAUCUAAUGAAAGUUAUUGAAGUUUUAAGUUUAUUUUAAUGAUUUCAGUAACAGUUCAAGGAGAAUUGCGUACUGUCAAAGAACAAAAAAUCAAAAGAAAACACCUCUAUUGACUCAACUUUGUGAUCUGUGCAGUCUUUGGAAGCAAACCUGAUUAAAAGCAACAAGUUUGGGAACACGGACCUACGCUGUCAUUUCCAAACCAGUCAUCAAGUGCAAGGUCGCUCCACCAAUCAGCUACUAGGACGCCCCUGGAAACGUGAUUUGAUUAGCUAUUGGCUUGUUUACACUCGAGCAGCUAAUGGCGACGAUGAAUAUGAUUGGAUGUGAAUUUAUUUACAUUUCUAGGCAGUCUAUGAUUGGCUGGCAGUUUGUUUACAUUCGAACAGCUGAAAUCUAGCCGGUAUGUGAUUGGCUAGCGGUUUGUUUACAUCCGGACAAGUAAUUUCUCUGGAUUACGUGAUUUGCUUACAGAUUGUUUACAUUUGUACAACUGAAGACAAGACGAUGCGUAACGAUUGGUAUUUUGUUUACAUAGGAACAGCUGAUGGUGAGGCGUUGUGUUUGAUAGUGAUUUGUUUACACGGCAACAGCUGGGGCCUGGGUGGUGUCAUUCGUCAGAGGGUUUGUUUACAUGCGUGCAGCUGUAGCCAAUAGGAGCGAAGUGCAGGUGGACGAGGUAAUUUUGUCUGCCUUUUUGUAAACAAAUAGUUAGGUGAUAUUGUGUGCUUUUUAUUUUACAGGCAAGUGGAUUGAUGGAAAUUGAAGAGAUUUUGUCUGCUUUUCUAUUAUGAAUAAGUAGACAGACAAAAUGUGAAGUGUUAUUGUUUGUUUUUGCUUUGUGGACAAGUGCACUGAUGAAAUUCUGGAUGCUAUUGUUUACUUUUUUACAGGCAAUGGAAUGGAGAGAUGGGUGUUUGAUGGAUAAGCUUGUUUACCUACGAUCCAUGCAAACAAAACAUGUUUAGCUGGUGAUCUGCUUACAUAAGUGUGUCCUAGAUAGCGUAUGACUGUCAGUUUGUUUACAUGUAAUCAGCUGAUGCCUGGAUGACAUGUGGUGGGCUGUCAGUUUGUUUACAGACCAAUCUUAUGAGUUUGUUUUACAGAUCAACCUUGCUUAUAAUUGAUUGUACAUUUGUUUACAGGUGGAUUGCAAGAUUGUUUACAGAUCUACUUUACUCUUAAUGGGCAGUUUGUUUGCAUACCAGCUCAUGAUUCACUGUCGGUUUGUUAACAUACCAGCUUGCAAAUGUUUGCCAGUUAGUUUGCUUACAUAACAACUUAUUAUAGCCAGUAAGCUUGUUUACAUGAUAACCUUGCUUAUGAUUCGCCGUCAGUUUGUUUACAUUGCAACCUGACUCGCAAUUGGCUGUCAGUUUGUUUACACGUGAACGGUGUAGCCAAUCAGAUCACGCGUGGCAGUUCGGAGCGUCCCAAAGCCUCACAACAAAGGUCAACAAAGGUCAAAAUGUACAUAGCCUAAUUAACGCCAACCCUUUACCUGCUGCCCUGCCGGAGUUCACUGUCUGUACUCACGCGGUGCCGGGGAGAGAACCUGUACAUAACGCGAUUGCUACGUACUACACCCAAUGGAUUUACUUAAAAACAUGUAAUAAUAAAGUGUUUGUAUGAAAUCA